UGCCCCAUCGUUGGUGUCAGUGGGGGGGGGAAUAGUGCCCCAUCGUUGGUGUCAGUGGGGGGGAAUAGUGCCCCAUCGUUGGUGUCAGUGGGGGAAGGGGAUAGUGUCCCAACAUUGGUGUCAGUGGGGGAAGGAAUAGUGCCCCAUUGUUGGUGUCAGUGGGGGGGAGGAAUA